GCUCAGCGAUCUGUCGGGACCGGUCCACGCGACUCUCGCCGAGCCUUCGGUACGCCUGCGCCCGCGCUUCUGGUACUUGUGCUGCUCCUCCUCCUCCUCCUCAUCCACCUCCUCUACCUCUUCUACCUCCUCUUUCGUCAUCCAGAAUACGGAAUAGUAGCUACGCCGUACGGUGUACGCGCGGGUAAAGAGUAAAAAGUAACAGGGACCAGGAUCGAACGAGGUACCGACCGACUGUGUGACACUUGAGAUCUCGGUCUCGUUGUGGUUCCCAAGCAUCUGACCCAGUCGCCUGCCUGCCUUGCAGAAAGGAGGUCCUUAACGCGUGUGCGUGCUGCAUCUGCUGUAGAGUUACUCGCUGAAUUUUCGUAAGAACGCCGUGUGGAUGGAGGUUCUCGGUUCUUAGUCGGACCUGCCUACCUGCAUCUGACAUCUUAGACGCCAUGUGGCUGAUCUUUGGCGAGUCGCGAGUUUCUGUGCCAAAUGCAAAGUGAGGAGGAAUAUCGAGAAGAAAAUAUAUGUAUAUGUGUGCCGGGGCUGAGGGGGAGGGAAAGAGAGCGGGGAUAGAGAGCGACGGAGUGAUAGAGUUGGAGAGGGAGACGCGGAUCAGGGCGAGGGAAUUUCUCUAGCAUUCCGGGCGCUGCGUGCAGGCUCGUUUCGUUCCAAGGGAGAUAAAUCAAAGACAUUAUUGGAGCACCGAUAAUCACCGUGUAACACGUGCACGGCUCCAGUGAGGUGGGAAAUUAGACAACGAGACACAUCUCGAGUCGGUUACUUCUUUGGUAAAAUAAUUCGGAGGUUAGCGUGAAGCUGUCGUUGAGGCAGGUCGGAACUGCGGAAUUCACAACGCGGCUAAAAAUGCAGGCUUACGUGUUCAGUCUCGUCGAGGUGGUUUUCGUUUGCUGAGGAAACCACAUGUCAAAGAGAAACUGUUUUACAAGGACCGAUACGGUAUUGAGUGAGACGCACAUACACACAAGAAGUUACAGGCGAAGCAAAGGCUGCAAAGGAACGACAUCCGAAAAUGGGCCAGGCGUGGUGCAAGGAGAGGACCACCAAGGCCCAGGACUCUAAGUCACCGUUGGAUAGAGUUUUCGUUAGAUGCGCUCAUCAGAUUUAUCCGUCUUUGAAACAAGAUGGCUCGGUAUUGGGUGGUGCGACGCAACGAGUCACUAGCUCUGAGAUCGGGUACGCGGGUUCGCCGCCAAGGGAGGCCUUAACUCGGGGUCAGAGCGUGGAUUCCAUCGAUAGGCCGUUCCAUCCUAGCGAGUGGGUCGACGUUAACUUGGAAGUGCCGAGUACUCCGAGUUCCGUAAUUACGAACCUAACCGCAAACACGAGCGUUUACCCCACGACUACGCUGUCGUCGACAGCCUCCAAUUUGAAGCACAAUAUCACGCCGAUCCCGCCACCCAGGCGUAGACGAAAGAAUCGGGGUCGUCCGCUACCCCCGAAACCGGACGAUGUAAUCGUCGAGACGCACAAAAAUGGAAAGGUGAAGAAAGUCGAGCCGCUUUAUUCAUCGGUUAAGUCGUCGAAGGAGAGAGAGGCUUUGAAGAGCAAAGAGAACAUUCUCGGAGUAUCAGAGUCGAAGAAUGCAAGUAAGAACAGCGGCGAAAAUGAGCCGAAGAGUCACGGCGACGAAGAGAAGGGUAGUAGGACAAACGAUCGUAAUGCGGAUCGCGAGUCCAAGGAGGUCGAUACCAAGAGGAUUUCAGAAGGUACGGGAGCAGAGCCCGAGGACAGGAAAACAGCGGAAGACCUUGAUAAUGAGGGGGAGCGAAAGAGCAACAAUCAGCGUAAAAACGACGGUGGCAUCGAGGACGUAGGGGAUGUUAACGGGAAGCGGGAAAACUCGGACGAGGAGUACGAAAAAUUUUCAAAGAGCAGAGAGAUGAAAAGCUCGUCAACUCCAAUAGGAUCGCACAAAGAAAAUGAGAGAGAAUCAAGUAACGGGAGAAAUUUCCGAGAGUUUGUAACACAGCCAAUAGUCGACGAGGACGACAUUCUUAACGUUGAUUAUCGCAGGCAAAAAAACUACAGCACUGUUAGCCUACCGAACUACGAUGAACUCGAGGUGGUGAAGAAGGAGGUCGAAAAAAAUAACGACAAGGACGCGAUCCCCGAGCUGGUCACCCCGAAGAAGCCCGACCGAACGAGGAACGUGAGCACGACGUCCCUUCCGAUUGCGGAAACAGUCUCGUCUCUGCCUCAGGAGGUUACGGAACGCCUCGAGCAGUACAUGACGAGGUGCCGCAGCUUCGGGAGUCUCCAGCCUCAGGAGAUACUCGAAAAGCUGACGGCUCACGGUGAACAGAAUGAGAGCUCCGAGGAGGACGACUGGGAUGGACUCGAUGACUGGGAUCUGGGAACCGUGGAGUACCACGAUCCCAGCGACGAAAGACCGCCUUGGGAGCCGAGGUCUCGGUUGGAUAAGAGGAAGGCUAGCAUACCGAAGUUUACAGUAGGUGGCAGCGAGAUUGUCACGAAAAAAAAGAUGGAAACCCGGGCAACGACAGCAGUCGAUGUUGACAAGGAGUCCAAGUUGCCGGCGGAAGAUGAAGCGGCGAAGAACGAGAGUACCAGGACUUUGAAGGUGGACGAGAAACCAUCGGCCAUUCACCGAAACGCCUCGUUCGAGAUACCGAAGUCACCGAAUUCGUUGAAAUCCGCACUCAAGGCCGAGGCAAGCAGGAAGAUUUCAAUGCCGACGAAGCUCUCGUCCGAAGAACCGAGCAGCCCCCUUGAAGAAUGGUUCUCUGCCCAGGAAAGGUCCGUUAGAUUCUUCGACGCUCCGAAACUCGAAGAAGAAUACGCUAACACCCCGGGACACAGGCCGGUGAAGCCUUCCGGUGAUCGAAACCCAGAGGCCGAGUACGACACGAAGAGGUAUCCGUUCAACGGGGUCUUUCCGGGCCCCCUCGACAUCAACACGUUCUUCGCAACGUCCGGGGAUUUUGGUGGGACGACGAAUUCCAGUGACGUUCCGGGUCCACCGAAGGUCUUGACUCGGUCUCUGUCGAACGAGAGCGAGCCUUUCGAGGGAUACGAGGAGAAGGAACUGACGCUCGACAUCCAGUCGCAGCCUUCAUCGAUCAGCAAACUCUCGAGGACAAUAUCGGACGAGUCUCUGCCGGGGGAAAUGUCCGGAAUCAACGAUUCGCACGGCGAAAAUAUCGCUGGCGACAAGUCGGGAACUGGUGAGCCAGGGUCGAACUCGAAGGACUCGAAAACGCCACCGCCUAGUCCGGAGCCAAAAAUAAGAGCGGAGAUCUUUGACAAUCAAGGUUUACCCGGAGUCAGGCCCACCAGCCUUAAGAUCUCCCGGGAAGACGAGGGUGGCAGCAAUCUCAGUUCCAUGACGCCGAGUCUCACUGAACUCGAGGCUGCGCUAUCUGACAUGCUCGAGAAGGCGGACCUGGACGAACCUCGCCCUGGCUUCAGCCACGACGAUCACGUCGAAGAUUCCGCGGACUCGAAUCUGCGUCAUGUCGAGGUAGUCGCUAAAUCGACCGACGAAAAGCCUGUCGCGUCAAAAAAUUGUCCAGCACCGAUAGAGGACGAGGUCGGCCUGGGAUCGGGUGAGGAGGGUGAUCUAUUCGUUCCUCGACAACGGCAGAACAACGCGAAGAUCAGCUUGGGCCAGAUUUUGACCGAUGGAGGGAGUCAGGUGACGGGUGAAAGGGUGCUCGGUAACGUGGAGUCAGUAUCACCGGCUGGCAAAUCUUCUCCGCGACGGAAAAUGGCCGUCACUACGAGUAAGAACCCUUUCGAAGAGUCCGACGAGGAUCAGGAGGAGACGUCUCAGGCUUCGAAGAUCGCUCACCCCGUAAACCCUUUCGACGUUGAACCGCCGGAGAAGCCAAGCCGACUGCAUAAGAUUGUCUUGGAUCAGAGCAGCCCCGAACCUACCGAUCUCCCGACCCCACCCCAGAGGAAAAACAAACAUGGCGCUUCAAGCCCAACGACAAAAACUGCCCCGAAUCACCAGGACAGCGAGUUUCCUAUCAGAGAUUCAGCCCCGCAUCCCAAUGACAGGUUAAUCUGAUACCAGGAGCUUAGAUUUUCAUUGAUAAUUUCGUCGACUUCCAUCCGUAAAAAUUUUGACGAGCUUUUUUGUAGCUACACACUACUGCAGGUUAAGGAUCCCGCGUAAUCCUUAUGGAAAUUGACGCCUAGUCAAAUUGGCUGGAUUUUCAGCAUGCAGUAUAGUACAUUUUAUUUCGAUGAAG